GAAGCACCCUGCGCAUAAAGUUCUCAGGCACCAGAGAAUAGAGUAUGCGUUGUUUUGGCGUUAUUAUCCUCAAUGCUGGGUCUUUUUGAGAGACAGAGGAGUGAUGCAGCUGUGCGCAUUACGCACCGUCUUCUCCUGAGGCAUCCCUAUAGCAGAUGAAAUGGAAGACAUAAACCAAAGCGGAAUAAUAAACAAGUCGUUAACGGAUCAAGACCGUUUUCGACGCUUGGAAGAUAUCGACGUUACAGCCUAUGAAAGUCCCGUAUUGAGGUUAUUGAUCUCGGUCACCUAUUCGAUUGUAUGCGCUGUGGGUCUAGUCGGAAACUUGCUGGUCUUGUUCCUCAUCAGAGUAAGACAAGAGAGACGGAAGUCUAACAUAAACUUUUUCAUUCUUAAUUUAGCAGCUACGGACUUCCAGUUUGUACUAACUCUGCCUUUUUGGGCUGUGGACACUGCUUUGGAUUUCAGCUGGCCAUUUGGAGAUGCCAUGUGCAAGAUUGUACUCUCCGUCACUGUCAUGAACAUGUAUGCAAGUGUGUUUUUCCUGACUGCAAUGAGCAUUACUCGGUACUGGUCGGUUGCCUCUGCGCUGAAAGAUCGAACCCGAAAGAGAUCUUGUUCGGUGAAAUGGGUCGGUGUGGCACUUUGGGUUUUGGCCACUGUAGCCACAGCACCAACAUCUAUUUUUUCAACUGUCACAAAUGUUGCUGGAGAAAAACUCUGUCUUCUAAAGUUUCCAGAUGGACAAUACUGGCUAGCUGUCUACCACCUACAGAAAAUUUUAAUAGCAUUUGUCAUACCUAUGGUACUCGUUUCAAUCAGUUAUUUGAUGUUAGUGAGACUUGUCCGUCGUUGCAGUAUGAAGAAUAAUUCUAGACGAAUAACAAAAGUAACCAAAUCAGUCACCAUUGUCGUUCUGUCGUUCUUUCUUUGCUGGAUGCCUAACCAUGCCAUUACAUUCUGGGGUGUUCUAGUCAAAUUGAACGCUGUCUAUUGGGAUAAAACAUAUUAUAUGAUUCAUACCUACGUAUUCCCAGUGACUAUAUGUCUUGCUCAUGCCAACAGCUGUUUGAACCCAAUUAUUUAUUGUCUCAUGCGGAAGGAGUUCAGGAAAAAACUAAAGGAUUUGGUCUCUCGCAAAUGACCGUUCUUCUUUGCCCUCUGGGAGUUGAGUUUUGAUACACUGGACUUCACAGUCUCUUCGCACUGAAGUAAUUUUGCAUAGGCCUGACAUGAAAGCAAAUGCACAUCAGUACUGUAUGUAUUUGUGUGAUGCAUAUGUGUUGGGGUUAUGGUUCAUGUGGGGUUUUAAAGUGUAAAACGCAGUACACAAAGUGAAAGAAGAUGUCAUUGAAUUUGAUGCUUGUAUUGAAUAUCUGAUGCAUCUGAUGUAUAAGGUGCUAUAUGUCAUGCAUGCAGUUAUCCUACGUGAUGAUGUUUAUUGUGAAAACUUCACUUCUUUGACUAAGCACAUGAGUAACGCUCAUCAAAACUGACGCCUAAGAAAAAUAAAUAAAUAUAGUCAUAUUCAUUGUGAAUCAGUGGUUUACCACCAGUAAUUAACAGUAUCACCACAAUUGACAUAAUUGAGCAGUCAUUUGUCAAGGGUUAGUCAACAUUCUGCUUCAAGCAUGUGUGUAUGUAUAUAGAGGUGGUGGGGGUGGGUGUUUACAUGCCCAGCCUGAUCAUGACGUCUGUGUUAUAUAAAUGUAAUUGUAAUAAAGCGUAAUAACAAUGUGAAUAUGCUCUCUACUUAU